AUGUCCACUAAAAUCGCCAAAAAAUUCAAGCAGAAAACGCUCCAGUUACAAGUGGCAGCGUCGCCGAAAAGUGCAACAGAAGAACAAAAUGGCGCCGGCCGACCUCAAUCCCCAGCCGCGUGUACAACAGUGGGUGAGCUUACUCACACUACAGACAGCAUGCAAACUCCGGUCACCAAUGCCUCCCUGCAUAACAUGCUUUCAGGCUUUCAAAACACCUUUAAAACAGAUUUACAGCAAGUUGCUGCAGAAAUCAGGGCAGACAUCCAAACAAUGGGUGAAAGAACAGCUCGCCUGGAGGAACAGGCAGAGGAAAUAAUUGACGCACAUAAUGGUCUAUCUGAAGCCCACACAGCACUAUGUGAGAAAGUUCAACGCCUAGAAGCUAAAAUUGCAUCCACAGAAAGCGGAUCUGCAAUCAAACUACACAACGAGUGGCAGAAAAGAUCACGCUCCACGGGCACACACAGUUACAACAAGAAGAUCCAGGACACCUAA